AUGAGGCUGUGUUAUCCUCCUCCUCCAGGGCACGUCUCCGAUGUUCGGGAUGCCUCGACCAAGGACAGUGAUGAGAAUGGUAAAAUGAGCGAGAGAGGACCCUGCUACCGCUGCAUCUUCCCCCACCCGCCCGCACCGGAGACGGUGCAGUCGUGCUCCGAGAUCGGCAUCCUGGGUCCCGUUGUUGGUGUGAUUGGUACGUUGAUGGCGAUGGAGGUGCUUAAGAUCCUCACUGAUACUGCUACUACCACCGCGGGCGCUUCGGCUGCAAAUAAUCUCACGGCGGCCGCCGCGAGGGAGGAACAGGAUGCCUGGAGACCUACCCUCUUGCUUUACAAUGCGUUGAGUCAGGAUCCGAGGGGCAUGUUUCGGAAUGUGGGCCUGAGAAAGGGGCCGAGGAGGGAUUGUUUGGUUUGUGGUGAAGAGGAGGUGUUGGAUGGACUGCGGGCGGGGAGACGGAAGAUUACGAGGGAGGGCAUUGUGAAUGGAGAGGUGGAUUAUGGGGCGUUCUGUGGGAGGGUGGAGGAUGUGAGGGUGUUGGAGGGAGGGAGGAGGGUUAGUGCUGGGGAGUUUGCGGAGAGGAUGAGGCUAGAUGGGGAGGGAGGUGGUGGUGAUGGGGGUCUUGAAGGGAAGAGGCCGGUGGUGGUUGAUGUGAGGGAGGAGGUGGAGUAUGAAUUGGGUGCUAAGGUUAGGAACAGCAUUCAUAUUCCCAUCUCGAGGAUAUUGAGAUCCGGUUAUGGCCUGGUGGACGAUCAGGAUGGAAGCAUGGAAGACCUUCUAGGGUUGAGGCUACCAGAAGGAGAGGCGGCGGAGGAGGACAGGCCCAUCUAUUUCCUCUGUCAACGAGGCAACGAUUCGCAGAUUGCAGCCCAGAAGUUUCUGGAUUCGAUUGAGCAGGACAAGACAGGGAACAGGAGAAGGAAUCGAUGGAUCGGUGACGUGGUGGGUGGUUUUGAAGCAUUACAGCGACACCAACAACGUGACUAG